UGGCACAAGCCAAUUAGCCAAAUAAAUACAUACAAAAUCAACUACGUUAUUAUAAAUGUAACAAUUCUGGUCAAACAUGAUUAAUGUUGGUGUGUGCCACCGCUCACUAAGAAAUGGUGCGAGGAAAUGUAAAGAUGGGAGGGGAGAAAAUGGUUUCUGGUAGGCAACUGAAAUGACAGUUGCCAGUAGCAACAGCUGAAACUUUGCGGCUCUCCGACAAGACCCGUUGUAAAAGACUCGUUGAAGUAGUAGCGUUAAGUGAACGAUACUGAUUUACGCAUCUCGAAGCUCGUAUACCUUUUUCUAACGGCAGUCGACAUGGCAUCACCCCACAGAAGUCCAAAAGACUUAAGGAAGAUGAUAAGAGAGACCAAACAGGACAUGGACGAUGUCCACAAGUCUUUGGAGAAACUGCGUGGCCUUUCCCUGGAAGAGAGGACCGAGUCAGGGAUGCUGCGGUCAAGGAUAGACGAGCAAUCGAGUUUGAUUUGCAUUUUGAAACAAAGAGCAGACGACAUGCUUCUUCGUUGUCAGGCUCUGGAGAGGAUCAACUCUGAGUUAGAAGACCUGAGAGCAGACGUACAGACCGAACUUGACAAGGAAAAGAAGAGAUCCAUGCAGUUAGAGCAAAGGUUUAUGGAUCUGGCAGCCAACCAUCAGGAGCUGAUACAUUUCAAGGACGAGUACAAAAGACAGAAUGCCAAACUAAAACAGGAGAACGAACGACUUCAGGAAGAGAACGAGAAACUUUUCUCUAAAGACUUACAAGACAAAGAAGCAGUUGUUUUGAAACUAACACAAGAACUGAGAGACCUUGCUGAGCAACAUAGAAGUCUUGAUAAUGAAUAUCAGGGAAAAACAACUGGGUUCAAGACCAAACUUAAAGGACUCAUGGAUCUCCAUCAUACUAAGGAGGCGUCCUUACAAGGUGAAUUGCAUGAUGCUCAAAGACAGCUGAGCAAUGCAGUGGAGAUGUGCACAGAACUUGAUCAACAGCUUAAAAAAGCAAGAGAAAAUGAUUCAUUGAAAGGGACAGAGAUGCAGAAAAAAAUUGAGGUCUUGGCCAAGGAAAAAGAUAAAUUCUUGGAUCUCUCGAUGCAAAGGGGGAAACUAAUACAGGAUAAACAGGUGGAAAUCCAGCAGUUGGAGACAAAAAGGCAAGAGGUGGAAAAAAACAGGGCUGCUGCAGAAGAAAGGUUUGAAAGAGAGGCAGCUGUGGUGAACACUAAUUUGAAAGUCAAAGAACUCCAGCAUGCUCUUGAUCAGUCUGUGAACACUUGCAACAAGCUGAAGAAGGAUUUUGAAGCCUAUAAAAACCACAGCACCGACCUACUUGAAAAGGAAAAGGAGUUAAAUGCCAACCUGCGCCAUAUGAUUGGCUAAGACUACCUACCAUUCCAUCCACCCAUUCACUGAUGUAAUAAGAUAAGAGUAUGAAUUUGCUUCUUUCCCAGGCCCACCCAUGGCUGUGCCCAUGCACAGUCAUGUGAAAUCCAUAGAUUAUGGCCUAAUGAAUUACUUUCAUUUGACAGAUUUCCUUAAAUGAUCUGUAACCCAGUAAAAUCAUUGAAAUUG